AUGAUCCCGCGGAGAUCUUUGAGUUGUUUAUGGUUUGUUUUGGGGUUGUUGUACAGCGCUAGUUUGGUUUCUGGUGGAGACAUAGUUCACCACGAUGACUCGCUUCCAGAGAGACCUGGUUGCAACAAUAAUUUCGUAUUGGUCAAAGUCCCAACUCGAGUCGAUGGGAAAGAAAAAGAGGAGUUUGUUGGUGUGGGUGCUAGGUUUGGGCCAACCUUGGAAUCUAAGGAGAAACAUGCUACCCUCAUCAAACUCGCCAUUGCUGACCCUGCUGAUUGUUGCACCACCCCCAAAUACAAGCUUACUGGAGAGGUCAUUCUUGUUCACCGUGGUAAUUGCAGUUUUACCACCAAAACUAAGGUAGCUGAAGCAGCUGGUGCCUCUGCCAUCCUCAUCAUAAACAACAGCACAGAUCUUUUUAAGAUGGUAUGUGAAAAGGGUGAAAACGUUUUAGAUAUCAACAUCCCUGUUGUUAUGCUACCUAUUGAUGCUGGUAGAAGCCUCGAGGAAACCGUUCACAGUAACUCCGUAGUUACUUUGCAGCUAUAUUCCCCCAAACGUCCAGCAGUUGAUGUGGCUGAGGUCUUCCUAUGGCUUAUGGCUGUUGGUACCAUUUUAUGUGCUUCUUAUUGGUCUGCGUGGACCGCUAGGGAAGAAGCCAUUGAGCAAGACAAGCUACUAAAGGACGGAUCAGAUGAACUUUUGCAGGUAUCAACCGCAAGCUCUAGAGGGGUUGUUGAGAUCACUGUGAUAUCAGCAAUUUUGUUUGUGGUGGUUGCUUCUUGUUUCCUCAUCAUGCUCUACAAGCUUAUGUCAUUCUGGUUUAUAGAAGUGUUGGUGGUACUCUUUUGCAUUGGUGGCGUAGAGGGGCUGCAAACCUGUUUGGUCGCUUUGCUCUCAUGUUUGGGAUGGUUCCGCCGCUUUGGAGAAUCAUAUGCCAAAGUUCCUUUGCUGGGUGCAGUCUCAUACUUGACGCUGGCCGUUUGUCCCUUUUGCAUAGUAUCUGCUGUUAUCUGGGCAGUUUACCGCCAAUACCCUUUUGCUUGGAUUGGGCAAGAUAUUCUUGGAAUCUCGCUGAUAAUCACAGUUCUUCAAAUCGUCAGGGUACCAAAUCUGAAGGUUGGAGUUGUCCUUCUCAGCUGUGGCUUCAUGUAUGACAUCUUCUGGGUUUUUGUUUCAAAAUGGUGGUUCCGUGAAAGCGUGAUGAUUGUCGUAGCUCGUGGUGACAAAAGCGGAGAGGACGGCAUCCCAAUGCUACUAAAGAUCCCACGUAUGUUUGAUCCUUGGGGUGGCUACAGUAUCAUUGGCUUUGGCGAUAUCAUCUUACCAGGACUGCUUGUUACUUUUGCACUAAGAUACGACUGGCUGGCAAAUAAGAGGCUCAAGUCUGGUUACUUCCUUGGGACAAUGUCUGCUUAUGGUCUAGGUCUUCUCAUAACAUACAUUGCCCUAAAUUUGAUGGACGGACACGGGCAACCAGCUUUGCUUUACAUCGUUCCAUUUAUACUUGGUACUUUGAUAGUGUUAGGUCAUAAGAGAGGUGACCUGAAGACCUUAUGGACAACAGGGGAGCCCGAGAGGCCAUGUCCUCACAUUCGCCUUCAACCUCAAUCUUAA